AUGUACAAGAAGAAUCCAGAGACUAACUGCAUCUUGAGAAUCAACCUCUUUCUUUCAGAAGCAACCUCGCAACCUCGCCGCCUCUGCCUCGUCGCCUCCGCCUCGUCGCCUCUGCCUCGCCGCCUCGUCACCUCUGCCUCGCCGCCUCCGCCUCACCAUUCUGCUUUCUUGCUUUCUGUUUUCUUGUUUUCUGUUUUUGCUUCUUGUGGUGGUGGUGGUGGUGGUGGUGGUAGUGCUGGUGGUGCUGGUUGUGGUGGUGGUGCUAGUUGUGGUGCUGGUUGUGGUGGUGGUGUUGGUAUUGGUGUUGGUGGUGGGAGAGGUAAUUGUGUUGGUAGUGUUGAGGGUAUUUUUGUUCAAAAAAAUUAA